UAGUAGUAUCUCAAAAAACAUUAAUUAAACUUGGUGCCGAUAAGACAGAUUUUAAAGAAAUGAUUUUAUUUAUUUAUCAGUGUUCUACAGUGUAGUGUUGUCGCUUUGCCGAAGAAGAUAGCGCGUGGUGCUUUCAGUUUCUUUCGUAUUGUUGACCUGAAGAUAUUGCGUGAACGCUUCCGAUGUAACGUUUGUGAUCGUGAAUGAAAAAAAGUGUGCAUUGAAUUUGUUGUUUAUGUUUUCUCAAUUAACAUUCUGAUCGUAAAUAAUUAGAUAGUUUCAAAACAAUCUUAUCCGUGUUAUAGACGUCACGAAGAAGAAUUUUUUACGUUGUGGAUAUAAAGAUAUUGUUUUUGGUGAAAUUCUGUGAUUUAGUGUUAGCUGAAAAUGAGGUACAAGCAGCAGAAUACCCGUAGGAUUAUAUCAGCAGUUGAACUAAGCCGUUUAGACGAUACCAGAUUACUAUCCCCCAACAUGGCCAUUCAAACUUCAAGUUCCAUCGUACCUGAAAGUAAUUCUGACGAUAAUCACAACGAUAUCAUCGAAAAAGCUAAUAAUACAAGCAACUUCUCUAAUACUUCCAAUAAGUCUUCUACUCUAAGGGAUGUCGAGCACACAACCAUUGUAAAUAUCAAUAACAACAUCAUAGUCACUGAAACUGAGACUCAGGUAGACAUUUGUAAAAGAACCACACCUUUAUCUAGUUUCUUAGAGUAAAAACUGAGAUAGGAGAUUUCUCGGAUGAAGAUUCUGAUGUAGACGAUGAUGAAAUGAAAGAAGGAAUAACCUGGAAAGGACAGUUCCUGGAAUCUAUUAAAGCUCCGUCGCUGACAAACGGCAGCCUCAAGGAAGUAGAAGAGCUCAACGCCACACCGGAGUAUUUCAUCAAGUGUCCGCAAUGCCAGAAAGGAUGUCAGAGUUUUCAGGCCCUGAAGGAGCACAUGGAACUGUCGCACACCGAACUGACAGCGUCAUCAGAAACGAGCAUGUCGGUUGCCAGCAGCGCGGUAUCGCCCUCGCCUCUAGGUGGUCCAGGUGGGCCGUAUGGCUGCGCUCAAUGUAGCGCAUCGUUCGCCUCCAAGGAACAGUUGGAAAAGCACGAAUUGCUUCAUUCGCCGAACGCUCAAGUGUCAUGCAAAAUAUGCAACAAGACCUUUGCAAAUGUCUACAGACUUCAAAGACACAUGAUCAGUCACGAUGAGAGUGCCGUAUUGAGAAAAUUCAAGUGCACGGAAUGUGAUAAGGCCUUCAAAUUUAAACACCAUCUUAAGGAACACAUACGAAUACACAGCGGGGAAAAACCGUUUGAGUGCGGCAACUGUGGAAAACGAUUUUCACAUUCCGGAUCCUACUCCAGCCAUAUGACAUCGAAAAAAUGUUUAGUUAUGAAUCUGAAACAAGGCAGAAAUCGUACGCUUCUAAACAAUUCUAUGUUAGACAAGAACUCGCAGCAAAAUCUCAAGGGACCCAAAAGAUCCUCGGUUAAUUCUAUAAAUAAUAAUAUUACCUCUAGUCCAAACCACAACUCUCCGUUUAUGCCAAUUCUACCUAAAUAUUCAGAAGCAGCAGCCGCUUUGUUCCAAUCCCAGUUGGCCGGGGGUGCGUCUGUGCCGCCAUAUUACCUAACAACGCAUAACAUGUUGAAUUCUGGUCACCCCAUCAAUCCGUAUGUUCCUACGUUAAGUCACAUCCUUGAACAACUCCAUCAGCAGAAUGCUGCGAAUCCAAUGCGCAACGCGCUAAUGGAAACAUCUGAAAUAAGAACUUCUGAAGAGCCCAAUAAACAUCUGAGCGAGAAACCCAUCAUGACAUCUUCUGAAGCUAGUCAUAGACCGCAAAACUUUGAUGAAACGUCUAAAUCAAACGCAUCGGAUUGUGGAGACUUAGUAAUGGAUGAGGAAGAAGAUAAUCAAAGUCGAUGUGAACCAAAUAGAGUCGACGAAAGAUAUUCUAAUAAACCAGAAUUUGAAGAAACAAAAAUUAGCAACCUGAGUAUGCAAGAAGCUGUGUCUAAAGCUAUAAGUAAUGUCGAUAACAGCGAAACUAUACCUGCUAAUAGCCAGACAUUUUGUGAUGGUGCUAGUGAAACUACUCAUAUUAGUCCGGCAAAUUCACCUAAAAAUGCCGGCUCUAAAUAUUGCCAUCACUGUAAUAAGUCAUUGAAUUCAAUAGAACAACUGGAAGACCAUGAUUGCAAGGAUCCUCAAAGUGAAGGUCUGGCUGCAAAACUCGAAGCAGCGUUAACACCAAAGUCGGAGAACUGUUCCAACGAAAAUAUGAGUGGAGCGGAAGAUCAAGAUUUCGAACGAUCAAGUUACCACACGAAUGAUGAAAUGGAUUCGGAGAACUAUACUACAACGGAUCAUGUAAAUGAGGACGGUAGAAAAGUAAGAGUUCGAUCCUUGAUAUCCGAAGAACAAUUGAAGGUGCUUAAAGAUCAUUAUAAAAGUAAUCCCAGACCGAAACGGGAAGAUCUUGAAAAAAUCGCGAGCAGCAUUGGAUUUCCCGUUCGGGUCGUUCAAGUAUGGUUCCAAAAUACUAGAGCGCGUGAUCGAAGAGAAGGCCGACUCAUUCAAGUUCCUUACAGUCCAGUCGCGUCAGGGUCACGAUAUUCUGUGCCUUCAACUCACGCGGGGUAUCCUGCUUUACCCCACGAAGACGCAUCAGAGCAACCGUUGGAUCUAUCGAUUAAAAGAGAUUCGAACUCAAACGAGACUACGCCGUGUUCUUCUCCGAAAAGGCCGCAUUCUGUAAACCAUUCCGAGUCCCACGACGAAGUGGUGAAUUUAAGUCACAAAUCGUCUAGAAGCCCCACCCCCUAUCUGCCUUAUCACAAUAGUUUUCAAGGAUCAAAUUCCUCCGAUCCGAGCCAGUCUCCGUCUCCCUUAGAAUUCAACAGCAGUCGAUUAGCACAGAUCUUUAACCAGCCCGCUCAUAAGUUAGCGACGUUAUCUAGUCUCGUUCCUAUGGAUCAUUUGAUGCAUUUCGGAGCUCAUGAUUUGCCUUUGAGCUUAACGCAAUUUAUCAAUAGCAGAAUAUCUAGUCUGAGUCCCAAUUCGAAUAACUCGUUGCACGAAGCGACGCAAGACGACGAAAUGAUGCAGAGUAAACGAGCAAAGGUGUCGCCGUUUAUGCUGAAGAAUUUAAGCAGUCCCGGAUUGAGCCAAGAAGUUGAAGCUGAAGGUCAGUUUCAGUGCGAUCAAUGCGACAAAGCGUUUUCGAAACAAAGUUCCUUGGCCAGACAUAAAUAUGAGCAUUCUGGUCAGCGUCCCCACAAAUGUGACGAAUGUCCCAAAGCCUUCAAACAUAAGCACCACCUUACGGAACACAAGAGACUACAUUCUGGUGAGAAGCCGUUUCAGUGCAGCAAGUGUCUAAAACGAUUUUCGCACUCUGGAUCGUACAGUCAACAUAUGAACCACAGGUUUUCGUACUGUAAACCGUACAGAGAAUAAUUAUUGCAAUAACAAUACAACGCUCAGUGACGUGAUUAAAUUGUUGAACAUUUAUGUGCUAUAUUUUUGUGCCAAUUCUAAUAAGGUAUUUUUAAGGGUUUUUUUAUUAUUGUAAAGUAUAUUUUUCUCUAUCUUAACUUGUAAAUUUUUAAUUUUUUAUAGCUGUGAAUUUUGUGCCAUACUAUGAUAGUUAAAUCAUCGGACAGAGUUAGUUUUAAUUUAAGUGCAAUAAUAGCCUGAUUUUUUGUUCACUUAAGACAAUUAGAUUGCAUUUCUAAUUAUUUAUUAAGGGCAUUAAUUUAUUUAAUAUGAUACUUAAUAUACAGGGUGCUACAAAUUCGAGGUACCAGCAUUGU